AUGGCGCAAAUAAAACGUGCUAUCGCUUUCGCUUCUCUCUUAUCCUUACUGUUUCCUUUGGUCUCAGCUGUGGCGUUCGAAGGGGCUGUUGGCUUUGGCUCGAUCGCAACUGGAGGUACUACCUCUUAUGUUGUGACCACUCUCGCUGACUCUGGCACCGGAACCUUCCGCGACGCCGUGAGCGAAUCUGGCAGGAACAUCACCUUCUCCGUCAGUGGGUAUAUUGUGCUCGAAUCUCCGGUGUCGCUUUCCAGCGACCUCACCAUCAAUGGUCAAACUGCGCCUUCGCCGGGGAUUGGAGUCAUGGCAAGGGAGAUCUCUGCUAGCGGAAAGAGCAACAUUAUCAUCCGGAACUUCCGCAUGCGUCAGGGAAACGAGGAGACGGAUGACACCAAAAGCGCUUUUAACAUGGGCGAUGCGACUAAUGUCAUCCUCGACCAUUGUUCUGUUGCCUUCGGCGUGUACGACUCAAUCGACGCUGUUGGUGCAGUCAAUGUUACUGUCUCUAAUUCUAUCAUCGCUUUGCCCAUAGGUCAGCAGUUCGGAGCUCACUUGGAAACUGGACCAUCGACCUGGUACGCCAACCUUUGGGUCAGUGCCCAUAAUCGACAGCCGCUAUCGAAGGGCAACACUCAGUACAUUAACAAUAUCAUCUACAACUACCAAGCUGCUUAUACAGUUGCCGAUACUGGUGGUGAUUUUUCUCAUGAUAUUAUCAACAACUACUUCAUUACUGGACCCAGUACAACAAGCGCCUCCGACGACUACUAUCAAAUUGACGAUAAUCAGAGCGUUUAUGCCAGCGGAAACUUCUUAGACAGUAAUAAAGACGGUGUGCUCAAUGGUGCUGCAGCCAACACAGUAGGAAGUGCGGAAGUCUUGAGUUCGCCUUGGUAUUCUACCUCGCUCAGCAUGGCCAGUCUCACAGCGGCGGAGGCUUACUCCUACGUGAUAGCCAAUGCUGGAGCUUCACCUCGUGACGAGGUUGAUACUUACGUUGUUUCCACUGUUGAAUCUCUUGGGACGGAGGGUGCAAUCAUCACGAAUCAGGACAGCACCGGACUCUCCAAUGACGGGUAUGGAACCCUCUAA